UGGCAGCGCCACCCCUACCCCGGAUCCCGGACACGGCAGCUGCCGGAACCAGUGUAACCCCCGUCUUGUGCCCCAGCCCCGGACCCUGCACCACUUCUUCUCUUCCCUGCCCUUUAGUCACUACGGCCAUGUGCUCCAAGCCUGGCUCCCCGCUGCUGCCUGCCCAUGUGUCACCGCUGUCUGUCCUGCCCGGGUCCCCAUUCGCUGUCCCGAGUGGACUGAGAAGUCUGGCAGCUGCUGCACCGGCCGGGGGUGCCAAGCUGACCCACCCAGGCAAAGCCAUCUUAGCAGGAGGUAUUGCUGGUGGAAUAGAGAUCUGCAUCACAUUUCCCACAGAAUAUGUCAAGACCCAGCUGCAGCUAGACGAGAAGGCUAACCCCCCAAGAUACCGGGGAAUAUGGGACUGUGUGAAGCAGACAGUGCAGGGUCAUGGGGUGAAGGGGCUGUACCGGGGGCUCAGUUCUCUACUCUAUGGUUCCAUUCCAAAGGCAGCUGUAAGGUUUGGGAUGUUUGAAUUCCUUAGUAAUCAGAUGCGAGAUGCACAAGGGAAGCUGGACAGUAAGCGCAGUUUAGUGUGCGGCCUGGGGGCUGGUGUGGCUGAGGCUAUUGUGGUGGUCUGCCCUAUGGAAACUAUUAAGGUAAAGUUUAUUCAUGAUCAGUGCUCUCCGAACCCAAAAUACAGAGGAUUUUUUCAUGGAGUGAGGGAGAUCAUUCGUGUCGAAGGUAUAAAAGGGACAUAUCAAGGUCUCACAGCUACAAUCCUCAAGCAAGGAUCUAACCAGGCUAUCCGCUUCUUUGUAAUGACCUCCCUAAGAAACUGGUAUAGAGGUGACAACCCUAACAAGCCAAUGAACCCACUUAUUACUGGUGUAUUUGGAGCCACGGCUGGAGCAGCCAGUGUGUUUGGUAACACUCCUGUGGAUGUGAUCAAGACUAGAAUGCAGGGAUUGGAAGCGCAUAAAUACAAGAGUACAUGGGAUUGUGCCUACAAGAUCCUGAAAUAUGAGGGUCCCCGAGCGUUCUACAAGGGGACUGUUCCUCGUCUUGGACGCGUGUGUCUUGACGUGGCUAUUGUCUUUAUAAUCUAUGAUGAAGUGGUGAAGAUGCUGAACAAGGUGUGGAAGACCGACUGAUACUUCAAGCAAUUGUGAUAAACCAAGGAUCCCACCUACACGGGAUCUUCAGGGUGCCAAAGAGUCCAUUCAAUCACUGAAAUCUGUAGUAAAAUGCUCCAGUGCCUCUAGUUUCCUAAGACAUUGUCCCCUUUUUUUCUGGCAUCCUCCACCAUUCAGAAACCAUAGCCAAACAGCCUUGCAGAACCAUUUCUUGCAACAAAAGUGAAGGGGUUAACAAGGGUAAAUAUACAUUCGCCUUUUUAUUUGUCUUUGAAAAAAAAGGUUUUCAAAUUUUUAUAUUUUUUUUAUUUAAUUUUUUUUAACUCAUGCCUACGAUAAUGACCUCUUAUUACUCUGCUUACAGCCAGACGCUGUAUACCGUGGGUAAUGUCCUAAAGACCAGCAUAUUAUUUUUUUAUUUCCUUUUUUUACUUUAUCAUUUUUAAGGCGAUCCUUGCAGAACGCUACUUUUUACAGUGCUUGUGAACUGCCGCAAUAGGCUUUGAAGAUGUUCUCCCGGUACGGUGUAAUUUUAUUAUGUUAUUUUUAUCUUUUUGUGUUCUAUGCUGUGCCAUGGUAACAGUACACAUCGUAUCCAAGAAUGGUUUCAUAUUUUAAUAUGGAUGAAUUUAUAAAAUCGCUGUUUUUAUUGCUCAAGAAUAAUUUUUUAGAGUAUUUCUAGAACACAUAGAAAGACAUGCACUAAGGUGUGAAAGGUUUUUGGUUUCAUUGGUUCCCAAGUGAAGACUGCAUCUCCCGUUCCUCUAUGCAAUUAAAGCUGUAUGUAUAUUUACUCCUGUAUACGUAUGCUCCCAUAGACUCUCUUUCUCAGCUGUGUUAUGGGUGUAAUAAUGUUCACCCCUGCAUUUAUUUUUAUUUUUUUUAUAAAUGUGUGCCAAAUUGCCAUCUGUGCUCUGUAGAGGUAUAAAAUUAGAGCUACCUCUGCCAACAUAUCAGCCUUUAAGCCAAAAUAACAGUACCAUUCCAGCUGUGAGACCAAAUUCCUAGGACAUGGCCACCAGUGGGAGACAGAAUGUGCCUUUGCAAUGCUGUUUGUUAAACCCUUCACAGUAAAAUAGUUACAAGCUGCUAACGUCUUUGCAGAAAGACACUUUUAAGCAUUUGUAAUAAAAUUGUCUAAUUUAUUUAGUUAUCUUUAAAGGGAAACUGUUGGCUUCUGUUUGCUGGCCUCACAGCAGGGCAGCAUAGUGUAUGGACGGACUGGGAACGUAAAGUGGCCCUAUAUUAUGGGUGGGUCCAAAUUGACAGAGGGCAGGGCAACACAAGUAGGUAUGGACAACAGAAGUAGGUAGGACCUUCACAAAAUACCACCCCCGCAGAACCAUAUAGCACAGUUCUGCACAAUAAACUGCCUCAGCAGAAGCAAAUACCAAAAUAGUGCUGCCUUCAGCACAGUAUUCAGCUGUAUCACCGUUCUGAGGACGUUGAUACAGUUUAGUUUAGGAGGGCACCUGCAGCUGUUGGCCAAGUGCCUAAGUACCUGAUGCAUUAAUUAAUGCUUAGAGCAUCAGAUCGUUAUGUAUUCGGCCAGCGACCGUGAGGAGCACUUGGGUGGUCCACUGGGAAAUUUCCCUGUUGAGUCUAUUUCAGGCAUCUGUCACUGAUGUGAUGGUAUUCAGUACUUUUAGAGUACUGACCUACCAAAGGCUGCAGUGUGCACCAGUGCUGUGAGAGGAGUCGGACCGCACAUGCUGCCACUGCCUCUGGAUGAUAAAUGACAGUUUUCUUAAAGGGGAUCGCCAGGCUUUUAAUAUUGAUGACCUAUCCUCAGGAUAGGUCAUCAAUAUCAGAUUGGCGGGGGUCUGACACGCGACAACCCCGCCGAUCAGCUGCACAGGGAGACAGCGCACGCAGUGUGCACGUGCCGUCUCUCUUCCUAUGUGCUGCUGCUUUUCCAUAGACAUACAGCGGAGAGCAGGAAGAGAGAAGGGACAUGGCACAUGCACAUUGCGCGCGCCGUCUCCUUAUACAGCUGAUAGGUGUGGGUGUCGGACCCCCGCUGAUCUGAUAUUGAUGACCUAUCCUGAGGAUAGGUCAUCAAUAUUAAAAGCCAGGCGAACCCCUUUAAGCUUAACAGGAAAGAAAAUUGUCAGUCAUCAUCUGGGGAAGGCACAGACAGCACGAGGCAUCGGACUCGUUUUUCUCUGCACUGGCAUGUGCUGCUGCUGUAAAAGUACUGAAUGCCAUCACAGCAGUGACAGAGGGGUUGUCAUUACAGUAUACCACAUACAGGAGAAGACAGGUUCCCUUUAAGACUUACUGUAUUAGUUACUUCUGUGCUAAAUGAAGAGGCUGACACAUGCAAAAUAAUACCAUUUAGUUAUGUUUGGAGCUGAUACACAUUGCUCAUGAGAUUUCUUAAAAUAUAUAGCUCCAUCAUCUGUACAUAGGAGAAAUCAGUAUAAGUGUAUAGCAUAUGAAGUACAUUGCAAUGUAUGGUAUGUCUGACUAAUGGUAUGUAUUUGUGGUAUAUAUAUAUAUUUAUAUGUAUAGAGCCUAUUUUGUGCCUGUGUGUAUUAGGAAGGUGAUGCUGUUGUGUAUGUUUAAUUGCAAUACAUGCCAUAGUUCUCUUCCUUGUGCCUCUGCAAAUGUACAGUGCAGACAAGAUAAGGCCACAUUUUAUUUUCUGUCUGGAUUUGCAAUCCACAACAUGAUGGUGGAAGAAUAUCAUCAUAAGCUGGGAUCAAGCUUAUCUUGUAAAAGUACAUGCCAUAUUUUCACAACUGGUUGAGGCACUGUGCUGGCAGCCAAUAUUCCCUAAGACACUUAUAUUCCAUUUUUAUUUGUUAAAGGGAGUCUGUCAGCAGUUUUCACUGGGAAGAGCAGUACAAACAUACAUCUUGUGGAGCUUUUAUGAUCAGGGGUAGUGUGAAUAUGAACUUUUAUUCUGCCAGGUUGUGAACCAGCAGGUGCCUGGGGGGUGAGCUUCACUGUGAACUGCUUUCUGCAUUAAGUUGCUUCAUUGCCCCUCCCCUCUGCAAUGAGUGAUGGCUGUAGCAGUCACCUGGUUGAAUACUUCAGCUGUAACUCAGAGGGGAGGGGCUGUGAAGCAGUUCACUGUGGGAAGCAUUUCAUAGUGAUUUAUCGCCUUCAGGAAACUUGCAGGAGCACAACCUGGAAGAAUAAAAGUUCAUACUCACACUACUCCUAAUAGUAAAAACAUGGUCAAAACUGCUGACAGACUUUUUUUUAAAGCCGAUACUUGAAUGUUUUAAGUUUACAUUACAGCUGCUGUAAUUGAUGCUCUACUGGUAUAUAUACAUGUCUCAUAUUACAGUUCAAACCAAAAUAAUUAUUUACUACCAAGGUUAUUAAAAAAACUUUUGUGUCUACAGA